GGAAGUGGUGACCGGAGCGGAAGUGGAGCUGCCGCCACCGCCGCCGCCGAUUCCGGAGCCGGGGUAGCUGCCGCGCCGCCACUUCAGCCGCUGUCGCCGCCGCUGCUGCUGCCUGAGGAGUAGGCCUGGGAAGGAAGCGGUCACCGCGCACGGAGCACCGCCCGCGAGCGUCUUUGUCUCCCGCAGACCUCCCACGGGAAUGACCAUGGAUAAAAGUGAGCUGGUACAGAAAGCCAAACUCGCCGAGCAGGCUGAGCGCUACGAUGACAUGGCCGCAGCCAUGAAGGCAGUCACGGAACAGGGCCACGAACUCUCCAACGAAGAGAGAAACCUGCUGUCCGUUGCCUACAAGAACGUGGUGGGCGCCCGCCGCUCUUCCUGGCGCGUAAUCUCCAGCAUCGAGCAGAAGACAGAGCGGAACGAGAAGAAGCAGCAGAUGGGCAAAGAGUACCGUGAGAAGAUAGAGGCGGAGCUGCAGGACAUCUGCAACGAUGUUCUGGAGCUGUUGGACAAAUAUCUUAUUCCCAAUGCCACACAACCAGAAAGUAAGGUGUUCUACUUGAAAAUGAAAGGAGAUUAUUUUAGAUAUCUUUCUGAGGUGGCGUCUGGAGACAAUAAGCAAACCACUGUGUCAAACUCUCAGCAGGCUUACCAGGAAGCAUUUGAAAUUAGUAAGAAAGAAAUGCAGCCUACACAUCCAAUUAGACUUGGCCUGGCUCUGAAUUUCUCGGUCUUCUACUACGAGAUCCUGAACUCUCCUGAAAAGGCUUGCAGCCUGGCGAAAACGGCGUUUGAUGAAGCAAUUGCUGAAUUGGAUACACUGAAUGAGGAGUCGUACAAAGACAGCACGCUGAUCAUGCAGUUGCUUAGGGACAAUCUCACUCUGUGGACGUCGGAGAACCAGGGAGAUGAAGGAGAUGCCGGGGAGGGAGAGAACUAACGUCUUUCGUGCUUCGUGAUCUGUUCAGUGUCACUCUGUACCCUCCACAUAUAACCCUUUGUGCGAUAAAAAAAGAAAAAGGAAAAAAAAAUCGUACAUCGACUUUUCGAUUUUUCACAACCUCAGCCUAGGAAAAAUGGUCCAUGGGAUAAUCAGCUGGUAUUUGUAUCUCAAACUCAGAUUGGUCACAUAAAUGCCACGGCAUUCUGAAGUUUCAAUUUUUAACAUUGACAGGAUUACUGUGUGUUUAAUUUGUUUUGAAACUGAACACUGUGAUUAUGGGGUUUUGUAACUAAGCAGAACUCUUACUGGUAGAAAAAACUAGACCUGAAUUCUCUGAACUUUUUGGGAAGUUCAUCUGAUACCAGAACAGUCACUGAAACACAGCCCCAUUGUAAAGUUGUGCAGAAAGUUACACAGCUUGUGUCGUAAUGCUGGGACUCGGAGUGAGACAGCUGUCACUCACAGUCGAGUCUGGUGGCAGUUCACAGCAGCUCUGCCUGCCGUUUAGGGCUUCCUAGACACUGGACCGGUUUGGGCUACUGCCACUCAAAAGUUUAUGGCCGCAGAUGUCCAGUGUCUUCCUCUGCGGAAGCUCAAAGUUGAAGUUGAUCAUGGCAGGUAACUGGGUUGGGACACCAUGAGAAGGUCCAGUGCUCAGAGUGCCACACGUGGCUGAAACCCCUGUCCCGCAAACAGCGCCACCGAUGCGCGGCCUGCACUCCAGUCGUGGAACCCGUUUUCCCUGUAACCAUGAGCUAAAGAAGAAUGAACGCCGCGUAUCUUACGCGUGGUCCUGUCUGUCUCCUGGGUGGCACCUUUAAGAAUAAUGUUCUGCAGAGAUUGCCUUUCACAUGAGUAGUGCUAGGUCUUUGGGUUCUUCCUGGCUCCGGGCUUUUAAAUUUUCAAAUCUAAACAUUCUUUCCCACUUUCUGACUGUUGACUUUCUUUUUCUCUUCCCUCUUUAAAUUUCUGUCCUCCUGCUUCUUUACCUUUUUUCCUUUUUUGAAGUCUACGUGUCUUGUUCACGGUGUAAUACUGUAUGGGCAGGGAUAGGGGGCCGGAGGGGGUGAGCAGCGAAAUCAGAGAGCACUUCGGCGAGUGGGCCUUGUCUCGGAGUGGCGGAGAGCUUCCAGCACCAUAGCUCUGUCUUCCUGUCUCGGCACAGCUGCUGCUCUUAAGUCACACCACAAUCUGAAUCCAAAAAAAAAAAAAAGUAUUUUUAAGUGUCCAUGACUUCCUGUAUUACAGCCAGCCCUGAUAAUGCUUGUUAGUGCCUGUCACCAGAUCUCCCAACUCAUCCAGCCGCGUUCACAGACAUGUUUAAACAAGACCCUAUAAUGCAGGAAAGUUGCAUGAAUGCUUGCAAUGGGGAGAAUCCAGAGUACCCGGGCCUACCAGUCUCACAGUACCCCCCCCGUCUGUAACAUUCCACACAGCUGUAGUAUCCAUCUGUUUGUCCAUCUGCUGAAAUGAGAGAAGAAACAUUCAUGCACUGAUGAAAACAAACCAAAAGAAAAAAGAAAAAAAAUCCCCUCUUUCUAGCCGAACAAAAAUGUGCAGUUAAAUACUUGGCGCUUGAAAAUGCAGUAGUGAAUGUGGAACGAGCCUGUCUGUAUAUCUGGUAGCUCUUUCUUGCUUUGUUUUUUCUUACCAGUAUUCUGCCUCACGUUUGCUUCUGUGAUGGUUAUAUUGCCUAGCAAGCACACCCGUGGUUGUGAAAAUAGUGUAGAGCAAAAAAAGAAAAAUCCCUGGUUAUUGAUGUACUAGAUUUGUGUAUGUCUUUUAAACAGUUCUAGUUUCCACCGUACACGGAAUAAUCAGGAAACGUGUAAAAAUUCAAACGUGAAAUAAAAAGUUUUAUCAGUUA